UCUGGGACCAGGCAAUGGCUGCAUUGUGCACAAGCCCGGGAUGAAGCGCUGUGUGCAACUAGCAGUGGUGGGCUUUAGCGAGGCCGCUGAUGCCCAGCCUCACUCCUCAGUGCAGGAGGAGAAACCCGAGGACAAAAUGCACUCGAUCUAAACUGCAAGGCUGCCCAGGACCCACAUGUGCAACUGUAUGCGGGAUGUUCCAUUCACCAGUGUCUGGGGAAAUGCUGAGGACUUGGCAACUUCAUGAUGGCUUGAGACCUGAACUCUAGUUCUGUCACCGUCUGGCCUGGUGAUUUACUUUAAUCACACGGCAGGUUUGCCACUGCCCUCCCGCUGAGUUGUGCUGUGUGGACCAUGCAAUGAAUGGUACUUUAAUCGAGAGAGCCGUGUGUCAUGAAAAUCAAUGUCUCGCUACUCCUGUUUACUGCACUCAGCCACACUCUGCACAUUUCAGCGAUGGCGGGUACCAUGCAUUCGCUGACGAAUGCUUUUAAGCCACCUUCAUCGACGUUCCAUGUGAAUGGAAGAAUAGAAAAGAGGUUGCAAGAACUUCCAAAGCCAAGUUCACUCCAUUUCCCGGAGCAGAACAAACUUCUUGGUCUUCGGACCAGGGAACAGCAGUGUGCGCCCCUCGCUGGCCUUGACACUGAUCACAAGUGUUUGGAAGGUCGGAGCUGCCUACAGUAUGGGCCGACAACAGAUUCGCCGGGUUUAAACUUGUAUGACACUACACACUCAAAUCCAGAGUUAGGGAUUUCAUCACAGGAGCAUCUGAACCAUCCGCUAUCUUCAGCAGCCUCAGGCAGCACUUGGAGCCAGUCAUUGCUGUUCUCACUUUUAACAUGGAGCAAACCAUUUCAAUCCCCAAGGAAAAGGGAAGUACCACAGAACCUAUUGAAGUACAAUGAAAACACAAUCAAGGCAACAGGAUCUUCAGCAUUCAACGUGACUUUUCAGAAAUGCGCAGAGGUGAAUGGAAAAACAUUGAAUGUAAGACUGAUGAUAACCAAUUUGGAUGCACAGAUGACAUUUAAUGUUUCUCAGCUGACUAUCCAGGACACCAUUAGCGUUCUGAGCAUUCUGAGUAACGUUGGAAAUGAAACUGAAAUGGGGAUCCAGACAUACACCAAAGAAUCUCUCCAAGGUGAACACUACAUAAUAAAUUAUACUGCAGUAUUAAAGGCUGGUGAGCCCGAGGAUGAGAAGAAUAUUUCAUUACCGGCUUACCUUACCAUUGGCAGUCGAACCCAGGGUAAUCAAAUACUGAUUGGACCCAUUCGGGCAGAUUUUAUACUGAUGGUAAAAGCAGCGACUCAGGUUUCUCCAAAUCACGGCAUACACUUUGCUGGAUUUAUUGUGGCAUUCAUUGUUUCUUUGGCCUUGGUGUGUUUAAUUCUCAUCACCACCUUCCAUAUCAGAAGGGUAACUGGCAGGAACCCUUCUCUCCAGCGGGUAAAGAGAAAGCAGUCAAAUGAAAGUUCCUCAGUAACCGAUGAUGGAGCAAAGAGCUUACAGGAAUAUAUCCGACUUCAGGACAGAGUGAUUGACAUUUUGCUGCUUGAAGACCCACAGAACAUGACUCGUGCAUUGAAUGACUUGCAUGUACUGAAUACAAUACAAAUGGAUACAGAUUUGGAAUAUCAUCGCAAAAAACUGAACCUGGAUGCAGUUCUGUUGUUGCUCAGGAGUUUCAAGCACAACCAAGACCUUUCACCCCUUUUAGAGGAAAGAUUCAAAAUUAUUUUCAGAGAACAGUUUGAAGAGACGGAGAACAGGCUGAGUAUGGAGCAUGAAGAGAUGUUAGCCAUAUUAGCAGCUCAAAGUAACCAAGACACCAGGCAUAAGAUGGAAGCACUCUAUAAGAAGCAGCAACAAGAGGACAGAGAAGCUGAGCUCCUCGUGCAGAAUGUAGAUGACGAGGUUGCUGCGCAGUGGAAUAAGGAUCUGGAACAAUUGCACACUUUUGAACAGGAUCAGUUAAAGUGCUCGCAAUUGGUGACACACGAAGAAGCUUCUGGAAAUGCCCAAAGGGAGAUGGUGGUUCGCCUGAGGCAGGUGUUACAGAGAAGUGUCUGUGACCAGCUGAAGGAAGUUAUCAGGAUGGAGGAAUUAGAUGCAACUUCGGGCAGGCAACUUCUGCAAGAAAGCUGGCACAUUCAGUUUCAGCUGGACAUGCUGAUGGACCAACAGCUGGCAUUCCAGAGAAAAAUGCUCGAGGAGAAUUUUGUUAUUAAGAGAAAUCUAGUGAAAAGAAUACAUCACGGUGUUGACCACAGAAAACAUCUCCUGAACACAGCUGCCCUGCACAUUGCAGACCUCAUCAGACUGGUUAAAAAUGCUGGUUAUUUGACAGAUCAAGUGGAGUCACUGUUGGAGAUGGUGCACCAGGAAAUUCUGCGUGUGAAGCUCGGAUUAGAUGAAGUCAUGGAUCAAGAAAAGAUGCUCAUUCACUGCAAGCUCAUCAGUGAGAGAAGGAAACAUAUUAUCAAGACCGUUGGUGAGCAUGAAUGUCAAGAAAAUGAACUGUCAUCUCUUCUCAAUACCUCUGGAGAAAGAAGAUCCUGCCAUAACAAAUACCUCCUGGAUUGGCAUGACCUAUUAAAGAAUCAAGCUGCAGAACUCAAAGAACUGGUGGAGCAAUUGGAUAAGGAUGCGUUAGACCGACUGGAAAUGCUCGGAGAGCAACUUGUCAAAGACGCCUCACUGAAAAUUAAAAAGAUUCACACUAAGCUUGGCCAGGAGUUGCUCAACCUUGGGGUCCCGAAGGAUUAUUUAAAGGAGAAUGAGGCAAAUCUUCUGCACAAAAAGCAAAUGAGACAAGAUGAAAAUGAAAAUCAUAAAGCUAAUGAAUUACUGGAACAAGUUCGGCAGGAAUUGUCCAAUCAGCUUCAGUCAGAGAUAGAAGAACAGAAAUUCUUACGGCAUCAGACAUAUUUGCUCUUGCAAAACAUGAUGAAGAGCGUGCUAGUGCUAUCAGAGGAGGAAGUUCAACAAGUGAUGCAGAGCUUUCUUGACGUUUUCUGUCAAAUGGAUAAAAGUCUGGCUCUACCUAAACUGCGGGAGAGGUCCAUUCUACAAGCCAACAUGACAGACUGGAGGAAAGCAAAGAUGGAAAAGCUAGAGCUACAGUGGAGAAAACAAGAUAAAGUAAACGGCAAAGAACGUGGACAUAGUGACCAGAACACACUGGUGACGUUACAAGAGCAUACAAGACAGAAAAUUAAAUUGUACACUGGAGAAACCGAGAGAGCUGAUGAAGAAAUGAGUAAGGUUUGUGCUGAGCUGAUUCACCAAAGAGCUAAUCAAAUAGAGGAUCUGGAAGAAAACUUCGGAGUGUGCAUGGCUUCGAUCCAGCUCAGCAGAGCUGAGAGACAAGUGAGAGCCCUGGAGAUUCACAACGCUACUCUCAACCUGCAAGCCCUGCUCUUAGAAGAAAUGGCCACAGCAGGGUUACACUGUGAGCCAGCAAGCACCCAGGUUGUUCAGGAGCACAUUUGUGAUCUAGAGCAACUUGUCCAGUUGCAUUCAGAUAACAUGCAGCAGGAGCUUACUAUUGGGAGUGAGCAAACUGAAUGGAGCAGCUGGGUAGAGAUGUACAGCAGAUCUCUCAAUGAAAAAGAUACAACACCAAACAACAGUCAGAUGUUCGUCUGUCUACACCAGGCUAUGUCCAAGUGUAAAGACACAGUGGAAGCAGAGUGCCAAAGAUUAAGAGACGAAGAGAGAAAUAGUCAGUUACUGGAAGAUGUCAAAGAUCAACUGGUGGUGAAGACACUGCUGAAUCUCCAAGAUCAGGAGUUGAAACUGGCUGCUUAUCUUAUACAGCAACUGGACAUGCCAGUGCACAUACUUCAAGCUCUGCUCAAACUGCUUCUUCCCAAUAUCAUCCAGGAAGAAUUAAAUCUGUUUGUACACAGGAUUUAUCCCAAACAAAAGGUCAGCAGUGGGAUGAACAAGGACACCGUGGAUAAGGAGAGAAAGAGGAAACUUUGGAAGUCAUUGGAGCUAAAGCUGAGGAAUAAGCUUAUUGGUGAAAAUCUGGGGCAUGUCAAUAUUCCCUGUAGCAGGAAAGGAAGUAUAUUGAAGAAGAAACGUCUACAGCUCUUGAAACAGGUAUCUUUUUCUCAAAGCCACGGUUCCUCUGAAUUCCUUCCUGACCACCACCCUGAGCUAAUUAAUGAAGGAGCAGGACAAAUGCUGAAGUUGGCAGAUACAGGAGAGAAAGUCUUUGUGUUCCGGAACAAGGAGGGCGAGACAUGCUCCAAGUACAUUCCACCAAAAAAGAAAAAACGCAACUUCCUAAAUUUAAAAAGAUCAGCUGUCGGAAACUGGGAUGAACAUUAAAUUACCUAAUUCAAGGUUUUCAUUAGUUUGAAAUCUUCAGUUUGAAUCAUAAACAUUUAACCUCUAUGGUACUGAUGCAAGGUUUAAAGUGAGUGGUUGAACAGCAUUGUCGUUCUAUUUGCCUAAUCUUUUUUGGAAUAUAGAUAUAGCCAAUUUAGAUCAACUUUUGGGCACUUUCCUCCCACUUCUUUCUCAUACCCCUCUCAAUGGCCAUUAAAUUCCUGUUCGUGGCCAGAUUAAUUAGUUGUGUUAUUCUUUCUAAAAAACCCAGUGAUAAUGUUUCUUAAUUUUCCUCUUUACUGGGCUCACUAAAACCAAAUUUUAAUUGGAAUAAACCAUUAUUUUUGUUCUGAUCUUGCUUGUUUGAUUUGCUUAAUGACCAUGUUUUGAACUAUCUAUAUAAAGAAAAAUGUAUAUUUGUUUCCUUGCCCUUUUUUUUGAGGGAUAUUUGACAUUUAGUGCUGGGAGUUUUGUUCAGUGUUCAAUGAUUUUAACGGAUGGGUAUUUUCCUGAAUUCAAUUUUAGCUUGCAUGAGAUAAUGUUUUCACUCAGAAGUUAUUUGUGCAGUGUGGUUGCUCAGCAAAACAUCCAUGUGAAGGAAAUAGUUUUGUUUGCUUGCUUCAAUCUGCUCUAAAUUCCCCCAAAAUAUCUGAAUGGAUAUCACUUGGGAGUACUGCAUUUAUUUUUCAGAUCUAUUAUUAAGCGCUAGAUUAAUAAUAGUUAGAUUGAGUAUAAAUGUUUUUUCAUAAUUUAAUCUACCUUACUUUACUGCAAAGUAAUGACUUGAUGAUGCUUUGAAAUGCAUUUGUCAUCAUAUAAAUCUCUCUUCCAGCCCUGUAAAUCCAGAGAUACAAAAUGCUGGAAUAACUCAACGCGUCAGGCAGCAUCUAGGGGACGUUUCGGGUCAAAACCCUUCUUCAGACUGAGAAUCUAAUUUGUGGGUCCAGAUAUGGUUACCAGCAAAUAUGAGUAGAAAUUAAAUGCAAGAACCUAAAUGAUAUGUAAAAAAAAGCAAGUGCAUUGUUUUAUUUUUGUCUGGACAUGCUGAGGCUGAAAUUGGCUCAUUUUCUGCGUAGUUAUAUGGUGCAUUCUAUGUAAUAUGAAAGAUGAUUUUCAUAUCUCUAGCAGUGAUUGUUAAUGUGAGCUUGUGGAACUUGAAUUCCUUUUUAACAGAAAAAUAAGUGCACACUUUCAUUCAGAGAUUGGACCAGACCUGGCCUGUUGUCAAAACUCAUCUCCAAGGGAACCCCAAA